AUGAUUUGCAUAUAAUAAGUACAAGAAUUCUUUAUCAGAUAAACUAUUGGGAUAAGUGAUUCUGAAUAUUAUUUAGUAUGGGAUAAAGAGUUGAAUCAAAUAAUUAAUUUCCUACUGAUAGUGGAUUAGCUUCAUCCUUAUCAGAGUUAUCUUCACUAGCCUUAUGUUAAUUAAUUGAAUAUUUUAAAGAUUGCAAUAGAUGUUCGAAAUUUGAGCAGAAUUGAUUCAGGAAGUGUUUGCAGAUUUUUUAUGUAAAAUAUGUAGUAAAAGCAAAAACUAAAUAAUAAAUGGUAUUUAUGA